AUUUGCUGCUUGGUAUUAAGUUUUGUAAUUAUAACGUUGUGUGACUCGCUUACCAAAGGGUAGGAUAGCUUGUCUUGUGCCUAGGCUAGCCAUGGGUAGUCGCGCUCCUCCAAAGCCUCUGGCCUAGCAGACGUUAGGAAGGACAGAAAAAUGGAAAAUAUCAGUGUCAGCGUGCGCGUGCGCCCUUUGAACCGCCUAGAGGUUCAGGAGUUCUUUGCAUGGAAGAUUGAGGGCAAUAGCAUCGUGCAGCUGGACCCCACCACGCGAGAUGUGGACAGAACUCGCGACACAAAAUAUGGCCUGGACCACGUAUUUGGCCCAGAGUGGUCAACGCAGCAGAUUUAUGAGACGACGACGCGGGGCAUUAUUCAUAAGGUUGUCAACGGCUUCAACGGCACCGUCUUUGCGUACGGCCAGACCAGUUCAGGCAAAACCCACACAAUGCUGGGCGACUCAGAGGACCCCAGCAAGGCCGGCAUCAUCCCCCUCGCGGUCGCCGAAGCGUUCAGGAUGAUUGAAAGCAACAAUCUCCGCGAGUACCUCAUACGUGUUUCCUAUAUGGAGCUCUACAACGAGGAGGUCAACGACCUUUUGAACCAUGGCAACGUGAAGCUGCCUAUCCACGAGAGCAAGGAGAACGGCCCCUACGUGUGCGGCCUGUACGAGGAGAUUGUGACCGGCCCCGAGCAGGUUAUGGCGCUCCUGAAGAAGGGCAACGAUAACCGACACACUGGCGCUACCAAGAUGAACGAGAGGAGCAGUCGCUCCCAUACCAUCUUUCGCAUGGUCGUGGAGAGCAGGGCUGUGGACACGGAGGGCGACGGAGCCGGCGCGGUUCUGGUGUCCGCGCUUACCCUGGUGGACCUCGCUGGCUCGGAGCGCCUUGCCAAGACGGGUGCCGAGGGAAUCCGUGCGAAGGAAUGCACCCACAUCAACAAGAGCUUGCUCACACUUGGCACUGUCAUUAACAAGCUCAGCGAGGGCGUUUUGGCCGCGGGAGGUCACAUUCCGUACCGUGACAGCAAGCUCACCCGCAUCUUGCAACCCUCCCUGGGCGGCAACGCUAAGACUGCCAUCAUUUGCGCCAUGACGCCGGCCUGGUGCCACGUUGAGGAGAGCCAUAGCACGCUGCGCUUCGCCUGCCGCGCCAAGAGCAUUGUCAACAACGCGGUGGUCAACGAGGUGCUUUCCGAUGCGGCUGUCCUUAAACGACAGGCGAAGGAGAUUGAGGACCUCAAGAGGCGGCUUGCUGAGAACGGGUCGUCCGCGGAAGUGUCCGACGAGAUCAACAGCCUCCGUGCUAAGCUACUGCGCUUGGAGCAGCGUGAGGAGUACCUCCGGCUCGAGCUGCAGGAGCAGCAGGAGCUGUACGCGAAGGCCCAGAAGCAGGCGGAGGUGGCGAAGAAGAUCAUGUUCGAGAAGAACCGUGAGGAGCCGGUAGAGGGGACUAGCCGAAAGCAUAACCGCCGGGAAACCUGGUGUCCAGGCAAAAGCGCAUGGGCAGCGCCAGCAAUCUUGGCCGCGGCCGACACUCCCACGCACUCAGGCGGCGGCGAUGCGAUUCAGCGAAAGCGGGGCCUUGAGCGGCACGAUGGCGGCAUGCCCGCCAAGUCCAACGCGGAGCUUAGCGCUUUGGUGGAGGAGGACGAGGAGGAAGGAGAUGUGGUCGAGGGCCCUACGCCGCAACGCCGUAGGCGCGAACGAUCGUUCGCUUUGGACGAGCUGCCUGAGGAAGAGGAGGAAGAAGAGGACGAGGAGGACGAGCAGCAAAAGCAGGCAGCGUCUCACCCCGAGUUGAACCGCAUCAUGGCAGCUCUACCAAGCCAGGAACGCGUGGCGCUCAAUGCGCUCGUGCAGAACUGGAUGGGCGUCGAGGAGCGCUUGGCGGCGACGCAGGAGGAGUUGCUGGUCGCACAGCAAGCGGCCAUGCAGCACGAGGAAACCGCACGGUCUGCCCUGCAGCAGAAGGACGCCAUGGCUCAGCAGCUCGAGCAGGCUAAGUGGCAGUCACGACAGCUGGACAAGAAGGUUGAAGAGCUGACAGCAGCGUGCCGCGCUGCAGAGCAGGAGCGCGAGGAGCUGGUCGCGUCCCAAACCCAGUUCCAAGAAGAAGCUGCGGCGAAGUACGACGAGCUCCACACGCGCCACAAGGAGGUUCAGGAGGCGCAUGCGGAUCUGAAGGAAAAGCUGAAGGCCAUGAAGGCCGAGCUGUCGGACGCGCGCGGCCGGCUGCAGCUCCGUGACUCUGAGGCGGGCAUGCGGGAGGCCAAGCUUGUAGAGCAUGCGCAGGAGGUGGCCGAGAUCAGCGCAAAGCUUAAGGAGAAGGUGGAGGAGCUGGAGGCCACACGGCGCAACGCGCAGGCGGCCGAGGAACGCACUGCCGAGAUGGAGGGCCGGGUCCGGGAACUCUACGAGUGCAACAAGCGCUUGGAGCUCCACGUAACCGAGCUGGAGUCUCGGAAGCGGGCGCCUCUCUACCAGAAGAAGCAGGAGGAGGAGCUUAAGGCUGCAGUCGAGAAGGCGCAAGAGUGCGAGGUGCGGGCUGUGGAGGCUGAGCUGCGCGCGAAGGAGGCGCGCACGGAGUUAGAGGCAGCCCAGAAGAAGCUGACUGAGCUGCAGGAGGAGAUGGAUGCGAAGGCACGUCAGGCAGCGCGCUCACAGGAGGAGCUUGCCGAGCGCCAUUCCUUGGAGGUGCAGCGCCUCAACGUCGAAAGCGGAUUGCAGCAGGAGCGGCACGAGGAGGCCCUAGCAGGCAUGAAAGCAGCGGCCCAGGAAUUGGAGGCUGCCAAGGCGGCACUGGAGCGGAACCUGGAGGCGCGGGAGCAACGCAUCUCGGAGCUCCAGCAGGAGAUUAAGACGUUGCAGUCCCGCAUUGCCGAACUCGAGGCUUCGGAAGCCGAGCUUUUGGCUUGCAGCACUGCUGCUAGUGAGAAGAUCACCCUGUUGGAGCAUACCGCCGAGGAGGAAAACGCCGCCCAUGAGGCGGCCUUGGCGUCAGCUCAGCGCUCGCAUGAGGAGGCCAUGGCCGCCGCCGUAGCAGCGCACGAGCAGGCCGUGGCCGCACUGCAAGCAGCAAUGGAAGAGGCGAAGGCGAGCAACGCUACUGCCGUGAAGCAGCUUGAGGAGGAGCUGCGCGGCGCUCACGACCGGGCGGAUGAGCUCGUCAAGUCGUCUCUCGACCAGUCACAGCAGGCCGAGGCAACGAGGCUGGACUUGCAGCGUCAGGUGAACGAGUUAGCCGCCAAGGUCCAAGAGGCCGCCGGCGCGCUAAAGGCGAAGGAGGAGCUCAAGGAGGAGAGGCAGCGGAGCAAGCAGGAGAUUGCCAGCUUAAAGUCCGAGCUUCAGAAGCUCCAGCUCGAGUCCAAGACCGGGGCUAAGGGCAAGGACAUCGCGCAGAAGGAGAUCGAGAGCCUCAAGAAGCGGCUGACCGACACAGAGACGAAGCUGCGUGCAGCGCUGCAGGACAAGGCUGCUGCGGUGCAGGAGAAGGGCAACCUCGAGCGGCAGCUCAAGCAGAACCUGACCCAGAAGGCGAUGAUAGAGAAGACCCUCGAGAAGAAGGACGCCGUGGAGAACAAGAAGCGGGAGAGCAUUAUGGUGAACCUGAACAAGACCAAGGAGCAGGUGAACAGCUACGAGGAGCGCUUGCAGAGGGCCCAUACCGAGUUACAGAAAAUCCAAAUGGACCUCAUGGCCAAACAAAGCGAGUGUGGCUCUCUGGAGGAGCAACUCAAACAUCAGCAGGAGGAGAACGCGCAGCUCCGUGAGGAGAGCAGCAAGCUGUCGGCUGAGGUUGAUGACCUGCGGAAGGAGACUGGCGAGCUGUCGACCCAGCUUGCCGAAUCGAACUGCAAGCUCGAGUUUGCAACCGAGAACUUGGAGUCUGCAAAGACCGAGGCUCAGCAACUGGCGGCAGACCUGGACCGCGUACAAUCGGAGCUUGCAGCCGCCCGCAGUGACGUGCAGCAACGCGACCUUACCGUUGAGGCACUUCGCGGGGACCUUGAGCGGGCGGCCACGCAGCAUGGCUUAGUGCUGGGGCAGCUUGAGCGUUUGCAGUCCGAGAACGCGGGCGCGCAGCAGCAGCUCGAGCAGCUGCUCGCCGAGGGCGAUCAGCUCAGGACCACAAUGGCGGAACUGCGUACGGCACUUGACGCCGCACAUGUGGCGACGGCUGCCGCAGAGGAGGCUCGCGCCACCACACAGGAGGCCGCACGGCAAGCACGCCAGGAAGCUUCUGAGCUGCGCAGCGCCCUGUCGGCCAUGGAGGAACAGGGGCGCUUGCUUUCCGCAAACUAUGCCGCGUCGCAGGAGGGGCUGGCAAGCGCACAGACGCAUCUAACUGAGGCUGUUGCCGCGCGCGAGAGUCUUCAGGGGCAACUCCACAUGGCCGAAGCGACGUGCGCGGCAUUGCGGUUACAGCUGCAACAGGACGCUUCUUCCCACGAGCAGCUACUCGGCCAGCUGUCUUUCGCGGAGGCCGAGGCCAAGCAGCUGGCAAGCAAGCUCUCAGCCGCAGAGGCCGCCGUAAAGCAGCGUGACGGCUGCCUUGAGCAGGCAUCGACUGAAAUGCACCGGCUGGCGUCAAGCCUCAGUGCGGCAGAACUCGAGGUCCAGCAGCUGUCCAGCAAGCUUGCUGCGUCGCAGGCUGAGACGCAGGGCUUGGCAGCCAAGGUUGCCGCUGCAGAACUGGAGAUUGAGCAGUCGCGAAGCCAACUUGUAGAUGCCGCGGCAGAGACGCAGCGGCUUUCUGAGAAACUUGCGGCCACCGAGUUUGAACUGCGGCGCCUCGAGAGCCUUUCUGCAUCCUUCAACGCUGCUUCGGCGGGCCAGGAUGAAGCAGUGCAGCGGCUGGCCGGUGACCUGGCGACUGCGUCUGCUGAGGCCCAGCAGCUCCGUGAGCGUCAGGCAGAGCAACAACAUGCAGCGGCCGCCGCAGCGCGCCAGGCAGCGCAGGAAUUGGCUGAUGCCAAGGCGGAGACGGAAGGGCUCCGUGACCAGUUGGCGGCUCUCAAGCAGGCAGCGGCGGCGUACGACGAAGAAGCAGCCAGCAAGCUCGCGGCCUUGGAAGCGGAGGUUCAACGGCUGCAAGUGCAGCUCGACCACGCGCUGCAGGAGGCUUCCGGCUACCGUGCGCAAGUCGCUGAUGCCGCUGAGCAGAUACACGCGUUGUCAACGCACGUCAGCAGCCUUGAGGCACAGCUUUCCGCUGCUCCGGCGUUGCAUCACAACGGACAGCAGGUUGCCGGUGAACAGGAUGACACGGUCGAUCUUUUGUCCAGUCCCGCGCCCCAUGCAUGCAAGCCAGCAGCCCAGUCUCUGCCAGACGGCUUGCGCGAGUCACUCGAACGGCUUCUGGACGAGUCCGCGGCGGAAAUUGCGGAGCUGAAGGCAGCCUUGGGUGCUUCUGAGCAACGCGCAGAGUCUCUGCGCGAGGAGUUAGUCGCCGCCCGAGCUCAGGUUGUGGAGGUGCAAAGCGUGGCUUCCGCUCUCAAUGUCACCGCUGACAUUACCCGCUCCCUGUCCGCCGCGGGCGGCUCCCGGCGGCAGCAGCAGAUGACCGAGCUGGUUCAGCACGUCGAUCGCCUAACGCAGGAGAACAACGACCUUAAGUUCGAAAUGGAUGAGGUCCGAAUGAACUCUGCCCUCGAGCAGAAGCAGCUGAGGGCCUUGGCCGACGCCGCGCAUGCGGAGCUCUCGCAGCAACGGCAGCAGAUUGAAGUACUGCAGGACAGGUGCGCGUCCUUGGCAGCGGAUCUCGAUGCGGCGAGGGAGGCGAGUGCCAGUGCGCAGCAGGCAAGCAACCAGGCAGAAGGUGACGCCCGUGGAAGCGACGAGCAGAACCGGGAGGCCGCCAGCUGCAUAACUGCGCUCCAGGCCCGCGUCGCCGAGGUGGAGAUGGAGCGGAAUGCCCUUCAGGCGCGGCUCUCUGAGGCGCUGGCUGCAAUGGACGGCCUUGCGCACGACCUAGCACUGAUGGCGUCGGAACGCGAGCGACUGCAAGGCGUCGUUGAGGAGCUGACGGCCCAGGCUGCAAGCGGGGCUCAUCUGCAGGCGAAGCUAGACGGCUACAAGGACAAGCUCCGCCUCGCGGCGCAGGAUGCCGAGCAACUGGCUGCUGCAAGGAAUGCUUACCUUGAGCUGCAGGGCACAGUAGACGGGCAGGCGGCCAAGCUACGUGAACUUGCCACGCUGCAGCUCCGCUACGAGCAACUACAGCAGCAGUACGCGGGCCUGCAGGAGCAGCAUGCUGUCGUGCAGAGGCAGCUGUCAGGAGUCCACAACGACCACGGCACCGCGGCUGGUACGGCCGAAGCCGAUUCCGAGGUCGACGGACUCCGGUCGCGUGUUGCUGAACUCCUCGAGAGGCAGCGUGCGUUGGAGAGCGAGAUGUCGGACUUGCAGGCUGCGUGCAACGUGAUCCAUGCCGAGAAGGAGACUCUACGACAGGCCAUGGACCGCAGGGUGCUAGAGCUGGAGAUCGCCAACAUCGGUCUGCAGGACGAGCUGAAGAAGCUGCGUGGCGAAGAGCCCGGCAACACCACUGCUGCCUCUGCAUCGUCAUCAACCGCGCUGAAGAUUGACGCUCUGCUGGCAGAACGCGAUCGCCUGCAAGCACAGGUCCAGGACCUGUUGCUUGCCCUGGAUAACGCGGCCGUUGCCAAGGAACAAGCCUGUGCGCGGUUGGAGGCCGAGCUGCAGGACCGCCGUGCGGCAUCGGUCGGCAUGGAGGCGAUCGUUGCUUCAUUACAGCAGACGCAGCAGGCCUUGGAGUCAGAGAAGGCCGGCAUGCAGGAGAAGAUCAGCAUGCUACAUGAGGCCUUGAGCGCUGCGGCUUCUGCCCGUGCUACGGCUGAUGGUGACGCUAUUCAGCGGGCGACUGAGGUUGAGGCGGCGCUUUCGUUCCUUCAGUUGCGCUUCGACGAGCUGUUGGGCAAGCACGAAGAACUGCAACGGGAAGCGGCGGACAAAGCAGCGGAUGCAGAUGCCCUGCGAGCUGGCAUGGCACGGGAGCUGGAGAAGCGGAAGGAGGCCGAGCGCCGAGGUGAGGAGUUGGCCGGCGCCGUGGAAGAGCUCCAUGGGCAGCUUCUGCACGCACAGCAAACUGCGAACGACUUGGCGAGCAGCCGUAGCGAGGCAUGCCAGCGACUUGCUGUAUCUGAAAACGCGCAAGGCCAGGUUCAGCAGCUGGAGUUGCAAGUGUCGUCGCUGCAGGCCACGGUGAAGCGCCUUGAGUCGGAUCUAACAGCGGCCAAGGCUGCUGCUGCCGAAGCCGAGUCAGAAGCAGAGGGGCUCCUUGACCAGAACACCGUGCUAGAGUCCCAGAAUCGCGACCUGCGUGAGAGCCAUGCAGCUCUCCAGGCACGUGUGGCGUUCGUCACUGGGCAGGCUGAGGAGGCAGCUGCUCGGCUGCUGGACUCGGAGGCGGUGCGUUCCAGGCUCCAGACGCAGGUCCAAGAGCUGACGGAGCAAGUGAACGUUGCCAACGAGCAACGUGACGCCAGCAAACACGAGCUGGCUCAGCUACACGGGGCAGUCGCUGCAGCGGCAGGAGACCGUUCGCGCCUGGAGAUGGAGCUUGUUAACCUAGAUAAGGCGUACAAGGAGCUGCGUGAGGAGAACUGCCGCCUUGAGGACGCCCUGCAAGCAGCCCAGGCCAAAUUGCUGGCCGCCGCCACGUCUGUUGACCACGCGGCACGUGAGCAGCUGUCUGAGCUGCAGUCACAGCUACAGCUCCAAGAAAGCCGGCAUCGCGCCGCCAUGGAGCAACGCCAGCUUGAGCUGACUGCUUUGCAGGAGCGUCUUGCCCACGAUCAACGGGGCUUUGCUGAGCGUGAGGCGGACCUGCAGCAGCGUCUUGCGGCGCUGGAGGGAGAGCUGGAGCGGGUGCGGGAUGCGCAGGGAGAGGCUAUUGACGAGCUGGAGCUGAGCGCCAAGCAGCGCGAGGCGGAGCUGAACGCGGAGAAGCUGUCCCUGCAGUCGCAAAUCCACUGGCUGCAGGAGGAGAACCAGCGGCUGCAGCAGCAGGGCCCUUCGGCCCCAGCGCAGGCGGUGCCGUCACAUGUCGCCGAGCAGUUAGCGGCUUUGGAGAGCGAGCUGCGUCGCGCAAAGCGUGGGGAGAUGAAGCUGCAGGCUAUGAUGUACCGCAUCCGCAAGGAUGUGGAGGCUGCGAACGGUGAUCUGGCAGCGUACGACAAGUUGGUCGACACGCGCUCGUUGCAGUACGACGUCGAUUUGUGGACACAAAAAUACAAGCGCGUUGCACGCGAAGCGGAGCAGAUUGAGCUUGAGAAGAGGCGGCUGCAGGCCCUUGUGGAGAAACAAGAGCAGCAGCUGUCGACGCUGAUGCAAGCAGGUGGAUCGAAGGCGCCCAUUCAGCCCGCGGCGUCUAGCAUGGGAGUUUUCGUAGACAAGGAGAACAUGCCCUACCGCUGAAGCAACGGACAUGGGCGCAGCUGGCCUCCCAGAGGAGGCCAAGAAUGUGCCAUGUCACCUGUCUCUGUCACGUGCUGCUGGGGUUGUGCUGGCCAUUGAUCAGCACUACGCAGUUUGGCUUUCCUGAAACACAUUCUUUCUAUGCUACCCGAUUAGGUUUUAAUGCGUCGGACAUGUAUACAUGUUUUGGUAGGACCAGCUAGCGUUUUGGGUUUGGUACGUAAGACUGGCAACGGCACGCCUAGCAUUGACGUAUUCUGCAGAUACCGGUAUCAGGUAUCUUAAGCUCCGUUUGACAAUAACAUGUGCUAUGACCAUUUGGGCGGAUCAGCUAUCCCCGAACAUGAAUCCCCGUGGGUAUUCUAGUGGCACUUUGCCAUGAUACUGAUCCUGUUGGUGGCACAAAACAGAAGUGUUUAUACCUUCUAUGACACGACGGACCAUGACCCUUGGGACACUCCGUACUCGAGAGCAUUUAAACGGGCGUGGUGCCCUUCAACAUAAUUGUAACUUUCAUGGUACCGUACAAUUCCUCCUUCCGUCCUUGCUGGUAGGCCGCAUCCCAUGUAAUGCCAACCUUUUUACAGGUCCGUUCAGGAUGAUUGCGAAAAAGCUCUACAGCUCCGUAGGACACUUGCCGCACUCCAGAGGCGAGCUGCCCGAAACAGAUGCCUGGUGCAAGUCACCGCCCAGCUGCUCAAGCAUCAAGUUAAGUUUCACAAGUUC